AGCAGUCCCUGACAUCUUCCGUUCAGGAAGGAUGAGGCCAAUUUUCUGUGGAAACUUUGAGUUUGAAACCAGACAGCCUGAGCUGGAAAGGCUUUUCAAAAGAUAUGGGAAGGUUGAUAGGGUGGAUAUGAAGUCUGGUAAGAUUGUAACACAUGUCAAUUUUCUUUCAGUGCCACUUGUCUUAUUUCUAACCUUGUUGUGUUAAUUUUCCUUUUUUGAAUAUGAUGGACCCUGUUGGCGAGUUUAAGUUGUGGCGAUAACUUGUUACGGACACUAACCCCUGGAUUCAUGGUGUACCAUACUUGAUAUAAAAUUAUAUGUACUUGAUUAAUUGGGUGUCUUGUUAGGUGUUAACUACUUGUAUGUGAGGCCUCCCCAAUGAGGUCUUGUUAUUUUCUUUUGUGUAUCUUAGAAGUUGGAAAUGUAAUUCUUAUUUCUUAGUACAUGCACAUCUUACUGCCAGUGAGUUUCUUCCUGCAGUAGGUACCUGGGUGUGAUUUCAUCUACUAGGGUAGUUGUUUACAUAACCGGAUUCUUUCUUCUGUAUAAUCUUUAUUCCUUAUGUCUUGUUAACUAUGGGCAAUAAGCACUAUGGCAUCAAAUGGUCUGGCCAAGUGUUAUUUUGCCAAUUGUUCAUCAAUUAUAUACAUACUGCUAAACAAAGUUCUCUGCAAUCCGAGUAAGACAGAGCCCACCACUAUUGACUACCAGUAAAACUGGGCCAGAUUAUGUGAAGUCUGUGUCUUGCUAAAGUUCAGCAUAGCAAGCAACAAUAAAGCUGAUGGUUGCAAAGCGAUUGAGUGAUGAAAUAUGAACAAGGUUAUUGUAUCCCUUGGCCCGUUCUGUGUUUUCAGUGCUCAAAUGACCGCAAAGUGGUUUGAUGUGGAUGCUGCAUUCCCAUCUUUACAUUGUGGCUUUGUUGGAUGGGAGAUCCAGUCAAGCUUAUUUGGCUCAACAGCAGAAGUCUUGUUGAGUUUUGGAUAACAUUGCAAUGUCCAUACCCAUUGCUGAUGGACGGUGUCUAUUUCGUGUCCUGACCGUGACAAGUUUCUCUUCUUGUUUCAACAAGAGCUCUCUGAUACAUCAUGGCAUCACAAUCACAUAUUAUUCUCAGACACUAUUGCCCUUCAUUCCUCGUGAAUUUUGCCCCGCCUUCAUUUUCAGACUUGUCACAAUGCCGACCUCGAAGCUGAGGCAGCAGUUUAAAAUGGAGAAGGCACUCUUUUACAUUAUCCCAUCAUGUGACAUCCACCUUUCCCUGGCAUCUUUAGUCCACCACUGAAGGUCUGUUGCUGAUUUUAAUGGUGUCAAAGUUUCUAGAUUUGACAGAGUGAUUGUAAUGCAAUGAAAUGCUAGCUAGAUGGUUUUGCUUUUGUUUAUAUGGAUGAUGAAAGAGAUGCAGAGGAUGCUAUUCAAGGGCUUGACCGAAUAGAAUUUGGCAGGAAGGGACGGAGGCUUCGUGUUGAGUGGUCGAAGGAAGAACGGAGCAGGAAGCCUGAGGGUUCUAAAAAAUCUUCAUCAAGCUUCAGAGUUUCCAAGACCUUGUUUGUCAUAAAUUUUGAUCCAUAUAAUACUAGGACAAGAGAUCUGGAAAGGCACUUUGAUCAAUAUGGAAAAAUACUCAAUAUAAGGAUCCGAAGGAAUUUUGGAUUUAUUCAAUUUGAAACACAGGAGGAUGCCACUAGAGCCCUGGAUGCUACAAAUAUGAGUAAGCUGAUGGACCGAGUUAUCACAGUGGAGUAUGCAAUCAAAGAUGAUGAUGAUAGGAAAAAUGAAUAUGGUCCUGGUAAAACCUAUAAUCAAUCACCCAGGAGAGGUUAUGACCGAGGCCGAUCUCGUAGUCCACGUGGAAGAGAUAGGCUGAGUCCAGACUAUGGUCGUGGCCGAGAUCGGCCAAGUCCAGACUAUGGUCGUGGUCGAGAUCGGCCAAGUCCGGACUCUGGUCGUGGUCGAGAUCGGCCAAGUCCUGACUAUGGUCGUGGUCGAGAUAGGCCUAUUCCUGACUUUGGUCGUGGUAGAGAUCGGCCAAGUGCUGACUUUGGUAGUGGUAGAGAUCGGCUAAGUCCUGAUUAUGGUCGUGGCCCUAGUCAAAGUCCUAAGCACAGGGAAAGGAAUUCUGAGUAUGGCCGUGGCCAUAGUCCAGCUGUAGGAAAGGAGAGAAAUCUUGGUCAUGGGAAUGUUCGCAGCCCUAGCCCUCGUAGGGAAAGAACAGGUCCAGGAAAUGGUCUUAUGAGCAGUCAGCUGAAAAACAGAAGUCCUGGUUAUGGUGAUAGACCCAGUCCUAGUCCUCAAAGGGAGAGGAGAGAUAAAUAUAGCCUGGAUGGUUAUAAUCGUGGCAGCAGCCCAGGUCCUAAACUUGAACCAGUAGGAAGUCCUGUACGUGAUGGGAGGGGAAGUUCAGAGCGAUGCAGGAGUCGUUCACCUCCAGCUCGGGAAAGAUCGCGCUCCUGAUUUGCUUGAAGCUGUUUUGAUAACUUGGAGUAAUAUCUGUAGAAUGGUUAUGUUGAAAGUGGUGCUUGUAGAAUUACACCUUGAAGUUGCCUGGAACAUCAAAGUAGCAUGUGGGUUUUAGAACCAAUGUAAUAUACCUUGGGAGAUGGUUUUUGCUGUUGGAAGUGAUUUAGAACUGCUACCGUGUAUCUGCCUUGUUUACUGGAUACUCUCUUUUCCAUUUGAUACUGAUCUGGUAAGACUUGGGCCA